CACUUCGUUCAAAUAAUUUGUACUAUUCCAGUUCGGAGGAGAGGAACCACUCUCGAUAUAACUUUACCGCGUUAGAUAUGUUGAUAAAUCAUCUGCAUAAUGUAGAACUUUAUCCUGGAUUUGAGUUGAUGGGCAUACCGAAAGGCUAUUCUGAACUACCCUGCAGGAAAACAUUUUGGACGGAUUUAGUACAACAACUAGUGGAAAGAUAUACAGAUCGGUACGGUUUGCAGUACGUAGCAGGAUGGAGAUUUGAAACGUGGAAUGAACCCGACUUACGAAGCUACAAUUUGUUGAACUUUACCGUAAAUGACUAUUUAUCGUACGUAUUUGCCGUCCGGAAAGGCUUGGAUGUAAUGAGUCAAAGAUUUAGUGCUUUAAAUUUGGGCAAUGAUCCUAUGAAAAGGGUGAAGUUUCCUUUGUACGGUCCAGCGGGUCUAUUUAAAUCAGCGCAACAUCAUCCUUUCUGCUGGUCUGUGCUGGAAGUUUGUAAUUCAACCACUCCACACAGCUGUCCAUUCGAGACGAUCACCUUUCAUCGUAAGGGAAGCGGACGUUGGGCUUCCGAAGUGCUCGACGGUGGUCGACAGUUGCUGGAAGAUGUGUUGAAACGGUUCCCAAAUGUUAAACGUCUAAGCUUUGCCAAUGAUGAAGCCGAUCCAAUCGCUGGUUGGUCCACGGCCCGUCCGUUUCAGGCGGAUGUGCGUUACGCAGCUAUGCUUUUUUCGAUCGUCACUCAACAUUGGUCCGCAAUUACCGACGGGGAUGACUUUGGACAGCACUUACAGUUUCUGUCCCACGAUAAUGCAUUUCUCAGCUACUAUCCGUACGUGUUCGAGCAGCGCACACUGUUUGCACGGUUUCAGAUGAAUCUUACUAAUCCGCCACAUGUGCAGUUCGUGGUAAAGCCUGUGUUUUCUGCACUAGGAAUGCUAGCGAACUUGGCUCCACUCGCUGGGCCAACACAUUACCUAGAGGGUAAUGUUUCGUACUUAGCCUCGAUUGAUGAACAUAUGACGUAUCUUUGCUUGCUAGCAUCACGAUCGAACGAUAGCUUCCCUUUACAUGAGAAACGAUCGCAUUUGAAUAUUUCCAUCCCUACCGAUAUGCUGAUCGGAACUCGCCUCAACUACCUGCUAGAAGCUGUGCAGGAUGGUCGAAAUGAUCCAUUUCGUGUGUGGCAGUGGCAAGGCAAGCCACCGUACCCAACAUCCGAGCAGUUUGCUGCUAUGCGUGAAGUUCAGCUUCCAAGCAUUUUGCUGGCAGGAUCUCAGAAUGUUCAGCGUGGAAAAGGAUUGUCAAAUAUUAAUCUUUCCUUAAACUUGCGCGCUCCUUGGAUUGUUAGCGUACGGGUAUGCAGUGAUGAUUAUGCUCUCCCUGGACAAGUUUACGGUGUGCGCGUAAGGAUGGUGUUUCAGGAUGAAGUGUUAAUACAUUGGAAAUUGUCAACGGAUGGAUUGAAAGAUCAUCGGUGUAUUCGAACGUAUCAGAUUUGGUUUAAAUCUACACGCUCAACUGAUGCUAAACGGAAGCACAAAUGGUGUAUUAUUAAUAGGUUUAAACAUACACCUUUCAUGUUUUAUCAGUAUGUUAGUAAAAUCAUGCCUGUUAGUGGAAAACGAGACAUCAGUUCCGUAUGCUCUGGUGUGGUAGUAGGAUACUACAAGGUGCGUGCCGUUGAUUUUUUUGGUCGGAAAGGACCAUUUUCUACACCGGUUCAUUAUGGGACCAACGCAACGUUUCACUCUGGUUCAUCAAAGGAAAAACAUAUCAACUAACAUGAUGAAGACAAAACGGUAAUGGCAUGUGCAAACAACGUCCAUUUUUUCAUGCUAUAAAAAGUUUCGAUUGAGGCACAUUAUAGCAGUAGGGAACCGUCUGAUCUACUAGCUCCACAUCGUAUUAAAGACAUCUAACAUCAACAACACGCCAGACGUUAUCCAGCGAUUGAAGAACAAUGUCCUAGAAUCGUUGCUGCUUUGCUCAAGCACAAAGAUGCAGCACUAAAGAGGUCCAUCUAAAUGUUACUCAAUUCGACGCAAACGACAAAUGCACUAAGGUUGAGGCCGCCUAUAUUUGACGCAUCAAUGUAGACCAGCGGUCGGCAAAGUCAGGCCCGCGGGCCAAAUUCGAUCCUCCACUACAUUUAAUUAGGCCCGCGAAAUAAUUUGCCUUAUUUUGAAAGUUAUUAAGAAACAAUUCGUAAGUAAAUUACUGAACAGAUUUUAGUAUUACAUUUUAGUGUUGGGAAAGACGAAUACUCAGAGGGAUUCGAAUCUUCGAAUCCCAAUCCCUCUUUGGGUAAUGGGUAAUUUUCAUCAAUUGAUUUAACUUUAUCAUUAAGCCACAUUUACUAAAUUAUUCUCGUUUUAAUCCAUCAAAAAUGUUAUUAAAAACGUUUGUUUUCAAUAGCGAUUCAAACGAUUAGCGCAUUUCUCGUUUCUCAAUGGGAUUAUAAUAAAUCCUAUUGGAAACCAAUCGAUAAUAGAUUGCGAUCGUAAUCCCAAUCGAUUUGCAACCGAAUUCCAAUGGAAUCGCUAUCGAAUCCCCAUCGAAACUUAUAAACGGGAUCCGAUCCGAUCGAAUCUUUGUAGGGAUUAAAUCUUCGAAACUUUCUACUCCCGAACCGCCAAACACUGUUACAUUUCAUAUUGUCCUCCACUUCCAACAUUCAUUAUAGUAAUAUGGAUUGAGGAAAAUAUCAUUACGGUCGAACUCGAGGUUAAAAUUCUCGUAUGUGAAACAUACAUUAUUAUUAUUAUUAUUUUAUUAUUUGAAAGUGUCCGCCAAAGUGGCUUAACAAAGUGUGUGAUUAAUGUUAGUUGACGAGAGGAAAUAAGGAUGACGGGUACAGAUUACAUGGACUGGAGUGAAGAAAAAUCACGAAGACGUGAACGGAAUCGAGACACUGGGACAUUAAUGUCAAAUAAUUGAUAAAAGUUGUUGAUAGCCGAUAGAGCUCGGAGAAAAGGAUCGUUCGAACCGUAGCGGGUCUGGCGGGAUGGGAUGGAUAGGGAAGGUAUAUCAUGAAGGCGACGAGAGGGCGCAUAGAGAGUAAUGGCGGAUAAGAGGGAUGGGAUGACAAGUUCAUUUCAAAGGAGAGCUGAGAUGAAACUUGCAGGGAUGUGGGAAUGUCUAUCUUCGAUGGGGAGUAAUCCAAGAAGGCGACAUCGGAUAGAAUAUGAAGGAAGGGAUUGAUGAGAACCGAGAAGGAAGCGUCUACUCGAGUGAACUUACGCUGGACACUCUCCAGCCUGGCCAUCGCUGUCGCGCCUCGAGGAGAUCAAACAACGGCGACGUAUUCCAAGAUAGGUCGGACCCAGUAGCAGAGACUUUAAGCAUAGGGGAUCGCGGAUUUCAGAAGCGAGUUUUAUAGUUUACCGACGAUACUCGACGUAUGACAGUAUCACAUAGGGAGUAGCUGAACGGAAUGAACGCAAAUCUGGUAAACGAAAUAACGCAACACUUAUUAGGACAAAGGUGAAGGCCAUUGUUGUUACACCAAACAGAGAAGGAGUUCAGUAAAUAAAACGAAAUGAAGGGGCUGAUAACACUUCCUUGAGGGACUCUAGAGAGCCCCGUGAAAUAACCUGACAAGCAGGACGAAACUCUAACACAGAUAGGAUUUGAACCAUGACAGUAAUCGACCUCCGACACCGAGUCAUUCGAGUUUGGUAAUCAAGGGGUCAAGGGGUAAACUGUCGAAGGCAGCCUUAAAAUUCGUGUACACGGCAUCAGUUUGGCGACCAGAUAUCGUAUUAGAGAGAACAGAAGAAACAAAACCCAUAACGUUGGAUGAGGUUGUGCGUUGGUUGUGGGAAUGAAACCAUGUUGGUGCGGAGAGAGGUGUCCAACGAUGGUAGAAAGGAUGGAUUUGUGCAUCAAGGAUUCGAGGACUUUGGACGGUGAACAUAGUAGGGGGAUGCCGCGGUAGUUAGCCCCCACACAUCGGUCCCCUUUUUAUGUAUGGGAACCAACCACGCGGACUUCCAAUUAUAUCUACACGACAAAAAAAUGAGCGUUUGAAACAGAAGCGAUUAUUAAAAAAAUAAUCCUCAUUAUUUUUUGCGGCAUGGAAGGACGGCUUCAUUACGAAGCAAUAUUGCACCUUUGUUGUUUUCAUUCAUUUCAUUUCAUUACAAUUUAACGUACUCUGUUGCCGAUCCUUAACUGACGAAUCUUUACAAUUAGUUUUAAUGUAUGAGAAUCACUAAUUUGGAACCUUCUUGUCUGUAUGAUAUAAUUACAAAAAAACAACAAUCGCAUCCGAUGGAGCACAGGCACAUAUCUCAAAGUUUGCCGACCGCUGAAUGUAGACAAUCCAAUAGUGUUAUACCGAAGACUACUGUGCAUUAGUGAUGGGUAAAUUCGUCACCCGGAAAAUCGGAAUAAAAAAAUAGAAAUCCAUUACGAAUGACUCCACCAAAAUCAGAAGAGGCCCCAGAAGCCGAUCGGAGCCGGAAUCGUCGGAGUCGCCGGAGCCGUCUGGAGCAGGAGUUCGAGCGGUUACGGACACUCCUGAGGCAGGCCAAGACCUCAAAGCGAAUUUAGCGCCGGAUAAGUCACUAGAAGUACAAGAUUUGCCGGUGCAUCCUGUCGUGAAAGUUUCGAGUUUCGCUGUUGCGGAUCAGCCUCAACCAUAGACUUCGGGAUUGCCAGUGUUCAUUCUAGGACCGUUCUGCCGUGCCGCUUUCGAUCGAAUCUGUUGCGGAUUCAUUCAAUCGUUAACGGUUUGUUUUGGAAUAGAACUGUGUUGAUCAUUUGUAUACAAUUGUAGAUAGCUGUAAGUCGUAAACCCGAUAUAUCCUACGGUGGUAUCAUGCAGGACGCGGGUUUGGUGAAUGAAAAGUCCUACGAAGGAGACAUCUUUGCAGGACGAUCUCCGUAAUUAGACUUUUGAGGCAAACGAGCUUACGAUAGGGAAUCUUGUGUACACGGUAAAGCCACAGCUUUCGCGAUAAUCAUCGCGGAUGCACCAGCACGUGCUUUCGUGAAAAGUGUAAAGACGUUUAAGGCGAUCGUUAGUAGCCAGAAAUGCACGAUCGAAACGGAGUACCAUGCAAGGACUCGUCGCCGUUUUUACCGGUACGGUGUGAACGCCCGAAGAAGGGAUAGAAAUUUUCGACAAGGAAUGUACCGGAACCAUAUCAAUCAUCCUACGCCACUUGAUAAACCCAUCAAAUGUUAUUUGAUUAAGAACUUGCCGGUAGUAGAACGAAUGCAUCUCGCAGACAAAGGCGUACUUGGUAAGCUAAGCUAUUUGUGGGUGAAUGGUUCUUCUUCUUCUUCUUUGGCUCAACAACUGUUGUCGGUCAAGGCCUGCCUGUACCCACUAAUGAAGUGAGCUUGCCUUAUUGUUAGCAUAGCAGGAUAGUCAGUCCUACGUAUGGGGGCACGGUCUAUUCGGGGGUGAAUGGUUACCGGUACAUUAAUUGUCGCACGACUGCUGAAUGACAUCCAGGCGUCGGAUGUCAACACAUAUUCAGCACCUUAGGCUUCCGCCUGACUUCAAACGGCGAUUGCGGGACCUGCGGUACAUGGAGUACUGGAAGACUUCCUAAAAUGCUGCUCCAGGUUGCCGGAGUCGUCGUUUUAAGAGAUAACCUUACAUGUUUUCCACAUCGUACCACUGUACAAAAUGGGCAUAUGCCGACGAGUUGUUGAACCAGUUUGUGGUAGACUUUGCUAAUGUGUACACCCAAGAACUGAUCAACAGCAACGUCCACAGAUUGUCAACAGCAACCAGGCUGAAACCCGUAGUGCCAAUUCCGUGGUCUACUGUUAAAAGUGUAGGGCACUAAACUGAGGCUUUGGUACGGCCAGGCUUUACGUUCCGGUAAAAUUUCCGUGACCAAUGGUUCAUGACAACUAAUGGCAACCAGGCUGCCAUGUUGGUUGGGGACGAGUUGUUUGUGGAAAGGCAGCAGUUCUGACAGCACACUAACUAUAUGAGCUAUUUAUGCAUAGUUUUCCGAGGUUUUUCAAGAAAUUUAUCUUUUUUUUAUUAUUUGUUAUUUGUUAUUAAAUAACAAAUAACAAAAUAACAAGGGAAUACUUACAGAAUGUGUACACGGACGGAACUGACAAAACAGCAUUGCGAUUAGCGGAAUCCCUUAUACAUACUAAUCGAGAUUGAUGAAAUUCCUGUUUGAGGUUAGAAUUAUAAUUAAUCGAUUUCCACGGAUUCCAGUUCGAGAAAUGGAAACGUCACAUGAAUGUGGCACCUAAACUUUAUAUCAAGUGAUGUACAUUUUGAAUCAUUCACUAUAUUUUAAAUAUCAAUUUUUUUCUUGUACAAAAAUUAAGUUAAAAAUUCGUUAAUUUUUUUUUAUUUAAAAAAAAUGGCAAUUUUAAAAUAAUUUUUGAAAAUCUUUUUUACAAACUUUGGUUUGCAUUUUCAAAACAACCAUUACAAGCGAAAAUAUUUUUUUGUGAAGUUUUUUGAUAUUUAAAAAAAACCUUUUGAUAAUUACUCUUAUAAAACUUAUAUAACCUUAAAAUAACUUAUAAAAUCACUUUUUAAAAUUCGUUCAAAAAUAUUUUUCUUUAAAACCUUUCUUGAAUAUGUUAUUUAUAUUUUUGAACGAUUUUUAAAUGCGUUAGUUAGCACAUAAAACCUGUUUUUCGAGGUGUCUUUACAGUUAUGGUACGACCAUAAAUUUGUUUUUUCGUCAUAAGUCGGGUAAAAAAAUAGUGGUAAAAAAUAUGAAAAAAAUUACGAAGAUGUGAAAUAGUGGGCCUCAUCGCGAAAGAAAGUCGAUAAAAUUUAUCCGAUCGGUUAAUUUGCUCGAAUCCACCGGUGGAAUUUAUUUUCCACCGGUGGAUAAUUUUCUCCACCGGUGGAUAAUUUCUCCACCGGUGGAUAACUCUUUCCGAUUCGAGUAGCCAUUGAUUUUGCCUAUCUGUCAAUCACACUUUUGUUUACAUUUAGAGGUGUUGUUUUGCGGAAUGAAUAAAAUAGUAAAUUUUGCUUAUUUACGGACCAUCUAAUGAAGAAUCCACACCAGGCCUUAGACAGUACUGACUGUAGGCCUAUUCAAACAAUCCGGGUAAAGUGUAAAACGGGUUGUAGGCUGAAAAAGUCUAGUUGAAACAAAAUCGUAUGAACUGGAGGACGAGGUUUGAAUCCUUUCUGAGCUUGCCACCUUCACUGACGCUUGUCCUGUGCCAUAUACCAUGUGCGUCCAUCAACUCCAGCCACCGCGAACGUUGGAUCCGUGAACGUCCGUAUUUUACGUUCUCGUGCAAAAAUAUAUUGAAACAACGCGGUACACUUAUUCCGUGCAAUAAGGAGUGUCCGAAACCGCUCACGGCCUCUCGCCCUCGCCAGUCUAUUAUCCUGGCCUUAAUGACUGACGCCUCCAAGUCAUCUGGCCACUUAAAUUUAAACCUACUACGCCCUCUCCGCAAUUGCGGAUUUAGCCGUAAGCGGACUGAUUGGCCGCAGGAGGCUCCGUGGAUAUAAAGUCCAGCAUAUAUGGUGUGUACAGUAGUCUCAUCGUGGACUUCCAUGAACGAUAGAGGCUCCAUGGACGAAGAGACUCAAAGACUACAGGGGCCCAUAUAUGAGGGAUUCCGACCAAUACCCCCCACUCCCCCAAGAAAAAAAUUAAAGUGUAUUUGAUUCAAAGCCAAGAGAUGAAAUCUCCCCCCACCCCCUCUCCCUGCACAACACCUGGGACGAUCGUUUCCAUGCCUUGAACAAGGAUCGUCCACUGAAGAUUGGUGAGCUUGAUACGACAAUGAGUGUGCUUCCACACGUACGAUGAUGAUUGCGUCAGAUUUGAUAAAAAUAAAAUAAUUACGUUAAAAUUGUAAUGUAUGUGAUUCAGAAGAGAAGCUAUUCAAGUGUACAUAUUCGUUUAAAUGGAUGAACAAAAAAAUUCAUUGGGUGACACGUUUGUCACGAGGCGUGGAACAUAGCGAUGUGUGUGUCAAUCCGAACACUCCCGGGCUGUACCCUUCCAUAAGCGACCCUGAGUUUUUGGGGAUAGUCCGGAAGGUACAAGUAGGCACAACACCUUCGAUAGGUGCAAAACAACGCAAACGAUUCCGACCGGAACUCGCCGCUCCAACGGAUAUGAGUUGCUUAUAAUUUCUUGUACCUAGUGAUAAUACUGGUCUUCUCAAUCUCGUUGUAUUUACGUGUCGGAACCGAUUCUAACAUGCCAUAAGGCCAUAACAUAAGGUUGGAUAAAAGAGAAGGAUUAGCAGAAAAGGAUUUUUUUUGGUUUCUUAUUUCUUAGCUUGAACUAUAAAAACUAGAUACCUGUUAUAAACCUAAAUUUAUGUGUUUUGAUUAUUUAUUUAAAAAAAACAGGUAAAUUUAUAUUUUCUAAAAAAUAAUAUUUUAGCUAAAUCGAGUGAUAAAACAUCUUAAAUAACUCAAACAGCGAAAAAACAUCCUUUUUGCGAGCUGUGAAACAUGGUUUUUAAUAUUAUUUAGUUUUCCACUGUUAUAUCAACUGGGGUGGAGCAGUAGAUAUGGCUAUCCGACUGAAAUGGUGUUUUUUAUAUGAAGUUUUCAACUGCAUAUCCCACUGCUCGACUUUUUAACCACGUUGCUAUGGCGGCAAACACCAUUCCCCUCCACUGCCAAACCGAUCGGUUAGCGAAGAUUCUGAUUGAGAAAACGCAAUUGGAUAACAUUGGAAUUUUGCUAACCGAUCGGCUAAAUUAUCCACUCCGUUAUCGACUUUCGUUAGCGAUGAGGCCCAGUAUUCUGCACAACUCAUACAUUCACUGUUUUUAUCUAUCUCUUAUGGAUUUUCCGCAAAUCGCGAAAAACGACUGUCGAUAUAGUUGUGGUAGGCGCUGUUCAAUAUAAUGUGAGGUUUCAUUGAUGCACCCUCUGUGUCACCUUAUAUUAAUUUGAUUGCUCCUUUUAGACCACUUAUACCUAGACCAUUAUUGGCUUCUUUUCCGUAGUGUUAGACUGUAUUUUGUAUUUUAAUAUUAACUUUAAUUAGAUAUUUCAUUACCUAGCACCUUUUGACCAGGAUAAAUUAGUUUCUUACAGAAUAUGAAUAAGGCAUUAGGUUUAAGCAUGGUUUUGUAGGCUCGUUAAAGCCAGAUGAAUUAAUUAAAUAAAUACGAAACACGAUACAUAAAAUUAUGGUAAAAAUAAA